GAUGUCUACCCCCCUCUGUCUUCCGCUCUGCGGCGGCGAAUCGAUCGCUUCUAGGUGUUCACGAUGGUUGUUUCCACGACCCGAAUCUGAUCUGGUGGUGCCGACUGACAGAUCUCGUGUCUCGGCCGAUUUGCUUCGCUCGAUGGCCUGUUCUUGGCGAUCGGACGGACCCUCCCUUCGAUCGCCGUUGGUGGAUCUGGGACCUUGGCCACGCCCUUGAUCGAUUCCCUUGGAGGUGUUUGGCUUGAGAUCCUUUUGUCAAGCUGGUCUUCUGAUGUAGAAGCUCAUUCUUGGAUAUUGAGAUCUUGGGUUCCUUGUUAGUGUCUUAGAUACGGAAUGCCGUUUGUGGGGAAUUAGGGAAGGAGCGGAUGAUGCGCUGGAAGUGUUAUCGUGAAUAAUUAAGACUCGAUGGCUAUUAUCCUAUGAGCGAGCUGGGUAUAAUUAUAUGAUUGCUGAUAGUCAAACUACUCAUGCAAGCAAUCUUGAGAGAAAAGGAAAUACAUUGCAAACUGGGAACCAUGGUUGCCACUCCAAGUUAUCUGUUACAGCUUUUAGGAUCCUUUAGUCAGGAGUGUGGUUCUUUUCACAUGUAUUUAUUGGCUUGCCUACCUUUAGAAAAUAAUGGGAGCUUACUGGUGAAGGAGGAGGACAAGGAUGCAUUUGAUAAAGUUGUGAAUGUUGAUAGCUUGAGUGUUAGAGGCUUGAAAGCUAAAAAGCUUAUGGUGAGCAACCAAACUGGAGAUAGUUAUACUGAUCAAAGAUCUAAUGAUAGUUUUUUUCCUGGACUCUGUGAUGAUGUUGCACUAGUUUGUCUGGCCUUCAUAUGUAGGUCUGACUACCCUUCACUCGCCUGUCUGAACAGAAGGUUUAACUCACUGAUUCGUAGUGGUUGUCUUUAUAAAUUAAGGAGACAGCAUUGUGUUAUUGAGCACUGGGUUUACUUGGCAUGUAGUCUAAUGCCUUGGGAAGCAUUUGAUCCUUUCAGGCGUAGAUGGAUGAGGUUGCCAAGGAUGCCAUGUGAUGAUUGCUUCUCUUGUGCAGAUAAGGAAUCUCUAGCUGUGGGAACCCAGCUGCUUGUUUUUGGACGUGAAGUAUCUGGCUUUGUUAUAUGGAUGUACAGUUUAGUAAGGCGUGACUGGUCUAGAUGCCCACCUAUGAACUUAUCUCGCUGCCUUUUUGGAUCUGGGGGCUCUGGGGAAAUUGCUAUCGUUGCUGGUGGAAGUGAUUCACAUGGUCGCACUUCAAAAUGUGUGGAGAUGUACAAUUCAGAGACUGGCACUUGGGAGACUCUACCAGAUAUGACUGUCCCAAGGAGAUUAUGUUCUGGCUUCUUUAUGGAUGGUAAGUUUUAUGUUAUAGGGGGCAUGUCCAACCAUACAGAUUCUUUAACUUGUGGUGAGGAAUAUAAUCUUCAAACAAGGGUAUGGCGAAGAAUUAGGGAUAUGUAUCCUGGCGGUAAUAGAGCUACUCAAUCUCCACCUCUUGUUGCAGUUGUAAAUAAUCAGCUUUAUGCUGCAGAUCAAUCUACAAAUGAAGUUAAGAAGUACGACAAGGCAAAUAACACCUGGAAUGUCGUAAAACGAUUGCCAGUGAGAGCCGACUACUCCAAUGGUUGGGGCCUUGCUUUCAAGGCAUGUGGCGAUAAACUGUUAGUGAUUGGUGGUCAUAGAGGGCCUCAAGGUGAAGUAAUUAUUCUGCAUUACUGGCGGCCUGAAGAUGGAAAUGCAGGUGGAGCAGAGUGGGAUGUGCUUUCUAUUAGAGAAAGAGCUGGCGCUUUCGUCUACAACUGUGCAGUAAUGGGUUGCUAAUUCAGGGAUCCUACCUGUUGGUGGGGUUUUGGGUUAUUGAAGGUUCAGAUCCAUUAAGAGUUGGAUUGCGGUGCGUAGAAUGAACGCUUGUCUGGGUCUGAUGUCUAGUAGGUCAAUAAAUAUUGGGUUAGAGGGUUUGGAUGAAGAUUUGUAUCCAACACGAGUGGAUCUGAAUUGGAGUAUAUGAGCAGAUGAGAUUUAAUAGAUUUAAUUUGGACCUU